AUAGUUUCUAAAGUAUUUUCACACUGAAAUGUCGGACGACGAUUGCGAUAUAUUCAGCUCUCUGAGAAAUGAUGCUCCCUUUAAAGAAAUUCCCAAGGAGGUUUACAAUCCGUCAAAUGACUCGUUGUCCAAUGAGAUAGAUUUGCUGCUUGAUCGCACUACCACGAAAACCAGCAAAGUACCCAAAGUAAAGGCCACAGACAAAGCAAAGACCAAGGGAAAGGCCCGCAACAGCAAGAAGAGUUUGGAGGAAGAUGACAAGCCCUUGGCGGAGGUUGCAACGGGCGGGCAGACUGAAGAGACGUCCCGUUCGCUCUCCCCCGUCUCCAAGCUGAUGUUAGAGAUGGAGCAAAAGAAGUCUAAAGAGAAAGAACAAGGGCCCGUGUCCAGACGUACCCGCUCCUCGCUGGGCAAAGUUGAGAAACCUGUGCCCAAGCAGCCAUCGCCGCCUAAAAGGAAAUCCCGGGCCAAAAGGAACGAAGUCCAAUCGAUUUCCGCUGUGUCGGCAAACUCCAUUUCAGAAUCUUUGAGGAAUACCGUUGCCAAACCAAGGCCUAGCAAUCGGAAAGAGCUGGCAGAGCUAGCAGCGCGAUCAACCGUUCUGGAUAGCAUUGACUUGGCAUCGAGUGUGGCUCCGCGUGUCGAGGGUUUUGUGAAUCUUGACUCUGAUGACGAGGCCGCGAGCUCUGCACCAGUGGAGGUGCCACCUGCUGAAUCAGAGAAUCCACCCAUGGAUAUUGCCUUGUCCUGGUUUGGAGAGAUUCAGAAUUACAAAUUGCGGCUGCAUCGGCGUUUUGUGCACAUGUUCAAGGAGGUGGCCGAGCGAAAUAAUGUAGAUGUGGAUGAUGUUGUGAUUGACAAGUACGACAGCCUUGUAGAGCCCACCGAUACGCCCCACAGCAUUGGUCUUAUGAAGUUUCACACUCUAAAGGGUCGAGCAGUGAAGUCGAAUAACAUCCACAAGCAGUAUACUGUGCCCUCCGUUUUGUUAAAGAAGGCGAACAAGUUUCAGUUGAAAGUUCAGGGGGCUAUGUUCAAGCGGCCCCUUGUGAUAGCCAUGAAGAAGAAGGACACUUUCAAAGUAUUAUAUCGAAAAUGUGCCGACGAACUUGACUGCGAUGUCCACCUGGUGAAGUUAUUUUUUGAUGGCGAACUACUGGAUCCCGAGGAUACGCCCAAAGACCAGGAUAUGGAAGGCAACGAGAUAAUUGAUCUGAAAUUGAAAACCUAAAAAUUGUAUUGUUUUUGUAUUUAUUGCGCCGAAGGCCUCUCUCAAAAUUGUGUUUAUAAUUUGUUCCAAUGAAUUCAAGUUAUAUUAAUUAUUUAUAUUCUAUUCUUUAGCUAUGGUAGAAAAUUAAAAUGUACAAGUCUGACAUAAAAUUAUAAAGGCUAUUAUAUGCA